UGCGCCACGUUUGGCCUCAUUUCCCACGCGUGACGUCUCAGCCCAUCCAUCCACAGCGCCGCGCGCUUGGCGCAUGGCACGCAGGGCGAGAGUUAUGAGCGGAUAGAUAGAGCCACGCAGCGCUCCUGCAGGCUCAGUGCGUGGCCGCACUACGGCGUCGACAACGUUGGCAGUGAUGUCAUAGUUCCCUUCCUUAACGGAUCAACGACCGAAGACGCCAGCAAUACCCUCCUCUUCUUUGACUUGGGAUUUCCACAAACAGAAAGAGGGUGACGAAUGUAUGCGCUAUAAGUAAGGGGGAGGAGAAGAUAGGAUGGCGUGCGCGCCAUCCCUUGCCCGUUUUUGUUGUUGUUCUGGUGUCCCUCGUGAUCGGAUCAGACCCAGGGAUGUCGGGCGCGCGUCCUUCAGCGGUUUCCGAAACUAUCGGAAUCCCUCGGGACGGAUACCCAGUUGUUUUAACUUAAGUUUUGGUAUUCAAGCAAUGAGUACUACUCAGGGAAGUAUUGCAGCAACCAAGGGCAUUCCUAAGUUUGAACAUGAACCAGAGCAUCUACUUGUCCUUGUCCAUGGCAUCAUGUCUAGCCCCAGUGAUUGGACAUAUGCAAAGACGGAGUUAACCAGGCAACUGGGGAACAAGUUUUUAAUCUAUGCAAGCUCAUCAAAUACUUACACUAAAACUUUUGGUGGAAUUGAUGGAGCUGGAAGAAGAUUGGCAGAGGAGGUCCUAACUGUGGUCCAAAAGACAAAAAGUUUGAGGAAAAUCUCAUUUUUAGCUCAUUCUCUUGGCGGGUUAUUUGCAAGAUAUGCCAUUGGCCUUUUAUAUUCUUCAAAAUCAUCAAAUGAGCUUCAGCAUAACACUGUCACUUGUGAUCAAAAUUUUGGAAAGUCAUCACAAAAAUUUAAUACAGAUACAAUUGCUGGAUUGGAGCCAAUUAAUUUUAUCACAUUGGCAACUCCACAUCUAGGUGUUAAAGGAAAAAAACAGCUACCAUUUCUUUUAGGAGUUCCCAUUUUGGAAAAACUUGCACCACCUUUAGCUCCCAUAUUUGUUGGCCGAACUGGCCGUCAGCUGUUCCUUACAGAUGGUAGACCCAGUAAACCUCCCCUUCUGCUAAGAAUGGCAGCAGAUUAUGAAGAUAAAAAGUUCAUAUCAGCUUUAGCUACAUUUCGAUGCCGUAUUGUUUAUGCCAAUGUUUCAUAUGAUCAUAUGGUCGGUUGGCGCACUUCGUCAAUAAGAAGAGAGUCUGAACUAGUCCAGCCUCCGCGACAAUCUCUUGAUGGUUAUAAACACAUUGUAAAUGUCCAAUAUUGUCCCCCGGUGUUAUCUGAGCGUCCUCAUUUUCCUCCAGAGGCAGCCAGAGCGAAGGAGGCCGCUCAAACUACGCCAACCACAAAAACCACUGCAAAAUAUCAUGAUAUCAUGGAAGAGGAAAUGAUACACGGCUUACAAAGUUUGGGAUGGAAGAAAGUCGAUGUUAGCUUCCACUCCGCAUUUUGGCCAUUCUUAGCUCACAACAACAUUCAUGUUAAAAGUGAAUGGCUUUACAAUGCUGGUGCUGGUGUUAUUGCUCAUGUGGCCAACUGCCUCAAGGAACAAGAAUCUCGCGUAUCUCUCACCGCGAACUUGUAAAUGCAAUGUAUGAAGCUCAGCUAUAUUUCAAGCUCUGAUUGUGUAUUAGUAUGUAAAAUAAAUGCGAUAAAAGGAACUCGAAUGAUUCUUCUGUGCUUU